UCGAACGAGUAACAAGCAUAAAACAUCGCAAAAGCAAAACUCUACUGCUAAACCCCCUAGCAAAAUCAAUACGCGGCCAUGGGAAACAAAAAUAGAGCUUCUAAAAAUGCUAAAGACGCCUCGAAAUCUGGCUUCGUUCCUCAAGAACAAGAUUGCUAUGAAGGGGAGCGUUUAGUUCGUUUGCUGAAACUAAUUAAUGGGGCAAUAGAGUCCGCGAAGCUUCUGGAUGGAAACUCGCUGCCGGAGAAAUUUUGGUUUAAGCAACGAUUUGCCAUUGGGGUCAAUGAAGUGACUCGUGUUCUUGAACGGAUGUCGCCUACGGUGGAGAUGGAAGGGUUCGGUCAAAAGCCGCCGCCUCAUGUUAUCUCCACACAGCAUCGUAAACCGACUGCAGUUCAGCUUCAGGCCAUAGUGAUAGCUCACGACUGCAACCCAAAAUGGCUAAUGAAGCAUCUGCCAAGCUUGGCUUCUUCAAGGAAGGUACCGGUGAUCUUUGUUAAAGAUGGGAAAAAGGGAUCCUUGAGAUUAGGUGAACUUGUCAAACUGAAAACAGCAAUUGCCAUUGGAGUGAAAGAUAAAGGAAAUUCCAUAAAUCAAGUUGUUGAGGAAAUUCUUAACGGUGGCAAUGAGUUGAACCUUCAAACACAUUGCCUGAAUUCUUCAGAGACACCUACUGCUCCCUGUCAAUGAUAGCUGUGUUUUGCUCAGGCAUCGUUUUGCAUCAGCGCAAAGCACAAGGGGGGAGAUCCAGGGAAUGCUGAAGGAAGUAUCCAAGCUUUUUUGUGAUAAGAAUGCUGCCGUCAGACCCUACUCCCAGGAGCAAAAUGCACCCUCGCAUGCGGUCAAUGCGUGUCUGGACCUCUCCCCUUUUCUGCGAAUAUCAAGAUUAUGUUUCUCUGGAUACAUGACAAUAUGACAUUGUCUACAGCUUAUACUUUUUAAACAUACCAGCUUGUCUGAUAAACUCGGCACAAUUUAACAAAAUGAAACCUUAUAAAUGAGUAAGGAUAGUUAUUCCUGAUGAA